GUUAUCUCUUUGGAUUGAUGCCAAGUCUUUCUUCUUACUUGAACUUGUGCUUGUUUUGAGUUGAUUUGAACUUGGCUGAUUUGAUUUAAUUGCUCUCUUCAUUCUUGGCAAGGACCUACUGCAUUGCAUUAUUGUUAGAAGAGAAAGUGAUCCUUUUUUCUUUCUUCUUUUUGUGGUGCUGAUGUUGCAAUUAAAAGUGAAAUCAAAUUGGCUAUAUUUGAGUUGUGUUCAUUGCUAUGCCUUAAAACAGAGAACUUGAUAAUGUGGUAAAAUCUUUUGAUUCCAGAGAUGUCAAAACUAUAAUUUAAAGCUUGGCUGGAACACAUUUGGAGAUCUUAAAUUCAACUCUUCCUUCCCAUUCUUUCUCCUUUCUUUAGGUUUUUGAUGUUUUCAUGAAUUAUUUAGAGCUGAGCUACCACGCGCUCAUCUUUCAAAUUUUUAAGAAAUUGAUGCAUAUUGUUAACAACAUGGGAAAAGUGGUUUUUGGCUCUUUGGGUACAUCUGAUAAAAUUCGAAUGAAACAUGGGAGAAAUAGGUUUUUUUUUUUUGUUAUUUGUUAGCUUGUCUUUUGUGUAUAACUACAUGAUUACUGAGACAUACCAAAUAAGACUUCACGUUUCAUUGCUUUUGAAUAUUGAGCUCUAUAUGUAUUGUAGGAAGUAAAGUUUGAACUUAACGGGAAAAUUAACCUCCCAAACAGAAUAAAAUUGAAUGAAAGAUUAGCAGAGCUUUGGGAAAUCGCAAAAUAGGAAAGAUUUUUUCUCUUUGUCAAACAUAAAAGAAGGGAAAGAGUUUGUUCCUGAACAGACCUGAUGUGUUGAGCUAUUCUUCAAGAUAAUGGAUGCAUUAGAGCAAGAAAGUUACCCAUAAACUAUCGCAUCCUUUCAUUUUAAUCAUUCUAAUUCCUAAGGAUGUGAAAGUUAUUUAUCACUAAAAUGAAGCUUAAGUUCCAGCAAAAUGAAAAUAAUCCUAAUAUUGUUAAGUGCUAAUGAUUGAUGGAAAAGUCAUGAAGAAACUAUUGCCAGCAUUUUCAUUCAAAUCUGUAUUACUCUAGAGAGUUACUUAUGAGGAACAUCAUGUAAAAAGGCAGAGAGAAUGUUCACCUAUGGGAAAAAUAAUGAGCCAACACUUUCCAGAUCUAUGUAGAUGAUACAUCAGAAAAAGUGUUGGCUCCAUCAGAUUCUCCAUAGUAAAAAUAAUUCAUUGGAAUACUAUGAACUCCAGAAUGGAACUUUGAAGCAUGCUUUAAGGGGUUUCCACCUUUGAUGAAGCUCUAAUUCUAGGAGGUGCUUGGUUAUUGUUUUAACAUAUAUCUUGAGUUCCGAGUGACUUGGUAGUUUGCGGUGAAAUUGCAGAAAAUCUGCUGAAUCUUGUCCCGCUGAAUGCUUCUUAACGUUAGCUACCUUGCUUGUCUUAGAAUUCAAGAGCACCUCUUGAUAGAAUGUUAUGUGUCUGUGUUUGAUCAAGAUCUCAAUAGCUGCUUGGAUGUACAGAUGGAUUAUGAUAAGAAUCCAAACAGCUGGAAGCAUUCUUUUCGAGGCUAAAUAGUCACAUAUCAUGAGGGGAGGAUGAUAAAUUGAUGUGGUUCAUCAAUUAAAUGCUUGAUGAUGCACAGGGUUUAGAAGGUUGAGACCAUCAUUUUCAAAAAAAGUAGAAUAAUUAUGAUUAUGGGCAGCUGAAAGGAAUUUUCGGAACUGUGGUAUAAAUAUAAAGUCGGUUUAGGUAGUUCAAUUUAUGGACAAAAAUGAACAUGCGGCCUGCAUUAUAUAUACCAAGAUCUAGUGAAGCACAGCAUAGUAGCAUGGGUGUAUCUGGAGCUAUGCCUAUGUCCUUACCAAGUUUGCCGAAAUUGGAAGAGAAAUUUCCUAAAUUGCCAGAGUCUCUUCAUGUUAUCUCGGAGAAGGAGCUAAGUACAAACCUCAUUUCUCCACGGGCAAUUUCAUCUAUGUCAAAGAGUGGGAUGGUAGGGCAUCUACUGUCAUCUACUUCUGGACACCACAAAGAUUUCCACUUUUCAGCUACCUCUUCUCAAGAAACUCGGAUGCAUUAUUAUCCAUUUAUCUCAAGUGGGGCUUCUAUAGCAGCCAGCCAAGCUUCACACUCAAGUGUACAUUCUACCUCAUUGGAUAACUAUCCCUCCGGGAACAGACAGAAUUUCUGGGGUAAAGAUUCAUUUCAUGAGUUUCUUGCUUCUCCUACAAAUGUUCCUGUUCAAAAUGGCCAAGUGGAAAGCCUUGCCGGCAUCAUGGCAUCUGAUGACCAUGCUAAGAGAUCUGAUUGGCAGGAAUGGGCUGAUCAGCUAAUUAACGACGAUGACACUCUCGAUCUCGGUUCAAGCUGGAGUGAUAUCCUAGUAGAUGUCAAUUUUCCUGAUCCAGAACCUAAGCUACUGGGAGUUUCUGAGAUCCCUUCCAACCAGCUGCAAUCUCCUCCUCCUACUUCAUCUGAGCAAAGCUGCCCCAUUGGUAGCCCAUCAUCUGCCACACCUAAGCCUCGAAUGCGGUGGACACCAGAGCUUCAUGAAGUCUUCAUAGAAGCUGUAAAUAAGCUUGGUGGAAGCGAAAAAGCUACUCCAAAGGGUGUUUUGAAGCUCAUGAAUGUGGAAAGCUUAACCAUCUAUCAUGUUAAAAGCCACUUGCAGAAAUAUAGGACUGCCAGAUACAAACCAGAGCCCUCUGAAGGAACUUCAGAGAAGAAGCCAACUAUCAUCACAGAGAUGCCAUCUCUGGACUUGAAAACGACUAUGGGGAUAACAGAAGCACUGAAAAUGCAGAUGGAAGUGCAGAAACAGCUUCAUGAACAACUUGAGAUCCAAAGAAAGUUACAGUUGCGGAUAGAAGAACAAGGGAAAUACCUUCAAAUGAUGUUUGAGAAAGCGAAAAACAUGGGAAAAGAGCUAAAUGUAUCAUCAUCAAAAUCGGAGGAGCCUCCAUCACCAUCCACUGAAAUAAAGCAUUCCCCUCCUGAUGACAAAUCAGAUGCACUGGAGCAGGAUCAUGUCAACAUGGGAAAAGAACUAAAUGUAUCAUCAUCAAAAUCGGAGGAGCCUCCAUCACCAUCCACUGAAAUAAAGCAUGCCCCUCCUGAUGACAAAUCAGAUGCACUGGAGCAGGAUCAUGUCAGCAUUGGACUUUGUUCAAAUGAUGCUUCAAGCUCUGCAGAUGAUCUUACUGAGAAUAAGGAACGAAAAUCACCUGAAAGGAAAGCUUGUGAGAAUCAUGACUCUGAUGGUAGAGACUUAAGUUCCCCUCCAGCAAAACGUGCAAAAUCGGAGGAAACAUCACCUUCAUGAACUGACAGACUUUUUGUAACUUCGUAGCAUGAAUAGCUUGUAAUGUAAAUUGUGGUGCCUAUGUUUGCUGACAGACUUGUAAAAAUCGAUUUCUGGUUUAAGGUG